UAUAUAAACAAUGACCAAAGCAGUUAACAAUUCGAAAUCGUUUGCUUGGCUUCGGAGAAGAGAAGAAGCGAAGAAUCUGAUUCCAAACUUUUUUCAAAGCAACUCUGCUGAGCUCUCUUCCCUGCGAAUCCCUCCCUCUCCGUUAUUCAAUCCUGGUCUUGUUAUCUAGGUGGCGGGAAUAGAAGUCUCUCUCUCUCUUAUCAUGGCUAGUAAGAAGCAGAGACCAGCCAAGCUCUCUGUCUACCUUUACAUUCCCAAUAUCGUUGGGUACAUGAGAGUUCUCUUGAAUUGCAUUGCCUUUGCUGUGUGCUUCUCCAACAAGACGCUCUUCUCCCUCUUGUACUUUUUCAGUUUUUGUUGCGAUGCUGUUGAUGGAUGGUGCGCUCGUAAAUUCAACCAAGUUUCUACAUUUGGAGCUGUUCUUGACAUGGUCACAGACAGAGUCAGCACAGCGUGUCUUCUCGUGAUUCUCUCCCAAAUAUACAGGCCUAGCUUGGUUUUCCUCUCUCUUCUGGCCUUAGAUAUUGCUAGUCACUGGCUGCAAAUGUACAGUACAUUUCUAUCAGGGAAGACCAGCCAUAAGGAUGUGAAAGAUAGCACGAGCUGGCUGUUUAGACUAUACUAUGGUAACCGGAUGUUCAUGGGUUAUUGCUGUGUUUCCUGCGAGGUUCUUUACAUAAUCCUCUUUCUUAUAGCAAAGAACCAUACUGAAAAUCUGAUGAACGUACUAGUUGAAUCAUUGACACAGUUUUCACCGCUCUUUUUACUCUUGGCUUUGAGUAUAUUUGGUUGGUCGAUCAAGCAGAUCAUCAAUGUGAUUCAGAUGAAAACGGCUGCAGAUGUUUGUGUCCAGUAUGACAUAGAGAAGCAGCAUAAGCCCUGAGGUUGAAUCGCGUUUAAAAAAAAAACUCUUUUGUUGCAUGCUGUGUAUGACACUGUGUACAUAUAUGGAUAUGCACUUAAUGUAGUCUUUAUGUUUUUGAAUAAAUACAAAAUAUCAAUGUUUAAGA